AUGGGGCCCCUGUGUGCCCUGGGGGUGCUGCUCACCCUGCUGGAAGCCGGGAAGGGCCAGACCCUGAAGCCCCCUCCAGCCAUCACCCCGGUCUUGCAGAGUUUUCAAGAGGACCAGUUCCAGGGGGAGUGGUUCGUCGUUGGCCUGGCGGGCAGCACAUAUGGACGGGCAGACAGGUCAUUUCUGAACUCUUUCAUUGCAACGUUUGAGCAAACUGGAAACCGCCGUCUCAGAGUGUCCUAUGCCAUGAUGCGGGGCCAGCGCUGCAUCACCUGGUCUUAUGUGCUGAUUCCCCAGGCCAACCCUGGGAAAUUCUCAGUGAACAACAGUAGGUUGUCCCCAGCCAGCCUGGAGGAGGUGCAGGUACAUGACACCAACUACACCACGUUCGCCCUGAUGUUCUCCAGAAGGCAGUCGGGCAGCCAGCUUAUCGUCAGGGUCUACCUGCUGUGCAGAAUGUGGGCGUUUGAGACCCAGGUGCUGGGCAGGUUUGUCUGCCUGGUCAGAGCUCAUGGCCUGUCAGAGGAGAGUGUGGUCUUCCCAGACCUGACAGGGACCAGGCAGUCCCCACUGCGAGGCCUGAGUUCCCUGGGGAGUGAGGAGCGUUGGGGCAAGUUUGAAAGCAACCUGGGCCACGCAGACAGCAGCAGUUACACGUGUAGGGUGCGUGGAAAAAAGGACGAGGGGUACCGCCUGGAUGAGGGAAAACGUCAGUCUGACUUUGUGAAGUUAAAGCUGUAA